CAUUAUUUAAGUUUCAAUCCAACGGUUCGCUAAAAGUAUGUCCCGAACCGCACUAUUCCGGGCGCAAAGACCUGCCGGCGCUCAGACCAGAGACCCGAAUGACCAGUAUUUGGUUCACUUCAAAGCGGGCAAAAUGAUCCGCACCGGCACUACGGUGAGUCCAGUGAAGAACCGCAAAGGACUGGUAUAUCUACACCAAAGCGACGACUCUUUGCUACACUUUUGCUGGAAAGACAGGGAAACCGGAGCUCUGGAGGACGACCUGAUCUUAUUCCCAGAAGAGGCUGAGUUCAAGCGAGUGGUUCAGUGCACGACUGGCCGCGUGUUUGUCCUUAAAUUCAAGUCCAAUCCGAACCGCUAUUUCUAUUGGAGUCAAGAGCCGAACUCGAGAGCCGACAAAGACGACGAAUUGGUGGCCAAAUUCAACCAAUACAUGGGUCACCGGCCGGCACCGGCAGCUGCCAGCGGUGGUACUGGUGCUGCUGCUGCAGCUCCUGCUACUGCUGGUAGUGGUGGUGCGGUUCCGAUCAAUGAUUUGCCAACACAUGAUGAGGUGAGGGCCGCUCUCGAGGGUAUGCCUGAGCGAGAAGUGCAGGCAUUGCUCGCCGCUCUGGACAGUCCAUCAGCCGAAUCGGUCGUCCAUAUUGAACGCCUGUUAGCCCGAGUCGAGGCCAAUCGUGCGGCGCGUCAAACGUCCGGUACUUCAACUCACGGCACGGCUCCGGCAGCCGGUGGACAGCCAACAGCUGCUAACGGUUCGGCCACUAAUGGAUCCCAAAUACAGGUGUCUCAGUUGCAGUCAGCUAUCAAUAACGCUAACCGUCAGCCGUUUACCACUCAGAGCACAGCACCUGUAGAACACGCGUCGCCGCCAGCGGUGGCCAACGCCUCGACGGCUACUGGAUCUCAAGUACAGGCGCCCCAAUCGCGUCAAACACCCGGCGCUUCAGCUCACGGAAAGGCUGCGACCGGUGGACACCAAUCGCCUCCAGCGGUGGCCAAGGGUUCGGCCGCUAAUAGAUCCCGAAUAGAGUUGUCUCAGUUGAGGUCAGCCAUCGAUGACGCUAACCGUCAGCCGUCUGCCACUCAGAGCACAGCACCGGUCGGACAGCCAUCGAGUGAUAAUCCACCGUUGGAUGAGUUGCGACCACUGCUAAGUGACGUGGCGUUCAUGCGUCGGGUCCGCCAGACAUUGCCCGCCGGCACCAGUAGUGGUCUGAGUCCAGCCAAUGAUCUGUCGGCCGCCAUCCGGUCCCGACAGUUGGGUCCAGUGGUCCAGGAGUUUAAUUUGGGACAGGAAUGUGUCGCCGCGGCCAAUGCUGGAGAUGUGGAAAACUUUGUGAACGCAUACAAGAAGUUGAGAAACACUUCAAAGAAAUCCAAAUCGACUGACAGUAAGAAAAGCGAACCGAAGGCUAAGAAGAAGGACUGAUAUUACAAAUCAAUGGUUUGAAUC